AUGAAGGUCGCGAUUCUUGGUGCCACUGGUGAGACGGGUACUUCAAUCUUGAACGCCCUCCUCGACUCAACGGAGCCACAAUAUGAGAUUACUGCACUAGUCCGUCAAUCCUCACUAGAGAAACCCGAGGUACUUGCUCUCCAAGGAAAGGGAAUUAACGUCGUAGCUGCGGACCUAAGUGGCCCUGAGGAUGAAGUCGCGCGAGUACUCGAUGGCAUAGAUACCGUUAUUUCAGCAAUCAGUGCUGCCGGCCUCCUUGCGCAAAUCCCGCUCAUCAAUGCCGCUCGCGCCGCGGGUGUCAAGCGCUUUUUGCCUUGCUGCUUCGCCCCGAUUAUGCCCCCAGCAGGUAUUUUAGGGUUGAGAGACGUUAAAGAGCAGGUAAUCAAUCAUGUUAAGAAGGUCAAACUUCCUUAUACUAUUGUGGAUAUCGGCUACUGGUAUCAGUUGAUGCUACCUCGCCUGCCCUCUGGCCGUAUUGAUUAUGCCCUGCCAAUCACUCUAGGGGGCAUUCCAGGUGACGGAAAUACCCCUUGUGCCUUUACAGAUCUGCCAGAUAUUGGAAGAUGGGUCGCUCGCAUUAUCGCCGAUCCUCGGACCCUAAACAAGAUGGUCUUCGCCUACAACACGGUUCUGACAAUGAACCAAGCAUACGAUCUACUGGAAGAGGCCAGUGGCGAAAAGACUGUCCGCAACUACAUCUCAGAAGCCGCGGUCAUGGAGGGAGUGGCUAGAGCAGAGGCUGAUUGCCCGUCUCCGGACUCGUUCAACUACUUCGAGGUAGUGAAGUACCAGUAUUUCAACGCACUCGGAAUUCGUGGGUAUAAUACCCCAGAGUACGCGCAUUAUUUGGGCUAUGUAGAUGCGACGGAGCUCUAUCCCGACAUGAAAGUGACCACCCCGGAAACCUAUUGUGAGAGGCUUUUAAGUGGCAAGGCUACGAUGAUCUAUCAGCGGCUGAUGCCUGCCGCUCAGCAAGGCGAGAGGUGA